AUGCAUAGUUUGCAAUCGUUUCAACGCCUGUGCGAAACCGAUCGCAUCGCUCUCCUCAAGAAUAGCUCGUUUGAAGUCUUGUAUUUGUUGUCUAUUAUGCGAUAUAAUCCGGCGGCUGAUUGUCUCACUUUGCCCAUGCAAAAAAUUCGCGAACAGAAGUUUGAAUGUAACUAUGAAGGAAUGUGUUCGAUCAACAUAUUAACUAGGAAGUUUUGUCAAAAGUGUCGGCUCACCAAAUGCUUAGCUAUCGGUAUGAACGAGGAAUACAUAUUGAAUGACGAGGAGAGACACAUCCGGCGCAUGAAAGUAGAGGCCAAACGUAUGGCAUUGAAGGGUAGCGACCAAACCAUAGACACACCGCCGGCAUCCCAGCCCUCGUCGUCGUCGCAAUCGGACACCAAUAACAAAACAACCAAUAAUACUGACGACAUGUUUGCCACGAAUUUAAAUAUUGAUGCAAACAAUGAGUUAGACUUAGACUUAGACCAUGCGGUCGGCUUUGGCGUGCAAUUGAUCCCAACCGGUGAUCAACAACUAAUGAAGAUCGGGACUAACAAUAAUGAUGGCAAUAGAAAUAAUUAUACCGAUAACUCGCUUGUCAUUAAUAGCAACGACAUAUCGGAUGCUGUGUACCACAAGUUGGCACAGUUUGAGCUGUCGAUCAUACCUAUCGCCAGACCACUGCCGGCCGACAGUAACCGUAUGAACGACUCCGAGUGCAAAGUACUCCAGCAGUGGUUAAGCGCCGCACAAAAGUUUGCCAUCAAUAUAUCGUCGGACACCGAGACGGCCACACUUACCGAUCCACUGUUUGGUAUGAAAAUGUUUGGCCACAUAUUUGAAACACAGGUCCGCAAUAUUGUCGAUGUUGUGAAAUACUUGCCAUCGUUUCAACGGUUGUGCGAAUCCGAUCGCAUUGCUCUCCUCAAGAAUAGCUUGUUUGAAAUCAUGAAUUUGCGGUCUAUUAUUAACUACAACCCCGCGGAUGACUAUUUCACUCUACCCAUGGGAACCCAUAACUCAGUAAUUCUAAAAACAAACCAAUUGAAACAAGUUCAUCCAAAUGUGUACGAAAUACUUAUGAGCUAUUAUAAUAAAAUGUUGCCUAUUAUGGACUCGGAUAAUGUUAUUUUAGAUCUGUUAUCAGCGAUUGUGUUGUUUAAUCCGAAUAACCAUAAUCUUGAACACAAGGAUGUCAUCAAACUUCAGCAAAACAUUUACAUGCAUUUACUGAAGAGAUAUUUGGCCAUUAAAUGUAUCACAGAAUGCGAGUCUAAGACUAGAUUCUUGAGACUAAUGAAUACAUUGCAAGACAUUAACCAAUUGGGAAGAAUGCAAAAGGAAAACAUGACCGGAAUUGUGCAUGGUCUUAUUAUGAUCUAUAAACUGGUGCAACUGUCGUAUAAUACAGUUCUUCUGUACUUCUUAUGGGAAAAUAUGACUGAAUUUAAAUCAAAGCAAAAAAUUCGCGAACCGAAGUGUCGGCUCACCAAAUGCUUCGCUAUUGGCAUGAAGGAGGAAUACAUAUUGAAUGACGAGGAGAGACACAUCCGGCGCAUGAAAGUAGAGGCCAAACGUAUGGCACUGAAGGGUAGCGACCAAACCAUAGCCACACCGCCGACACCCCAUCCCUCGUCGUCGGGCACCGCCUCUUCAGACGAGACAAUGACAUCAUUUUACUCACAAUACAGCGAAACAACCAAUAAUACUGACCACAUGUUUACCACGAUUUCAACUAUCGAUGCAAACAACGAGUUAGACUUAGACUUAGACUAUGCGGUCGACUCUGGCGAACAACUGAUCCCAACCGGUGAUCAACAACUAAUGAAGAUCGGCUCCAUUGACGGCAAUAACAAUACGGAUUACUCGCUUGUGAUCGAUAACAGUGACAUAUCGGACGAUGUGUUCAGAAAGUUGGCACAGUUUGAGCUGUCGGUCAUACCUAUCGCCAGACCACUGCCGACCGACAGUAACCGUAUGAACGACUCCGAGUGCAAAGUACUCGAGCGGUGGAUAAGUACCGCACAAUUGUUUAAGUUAAAUAUAUCGACAAACAUCGAGACGGCUACACUUUCCGAUCCACUGUUUGGUCAGACAAUGUUUGGCCAUAUAUUAGAGAAAACGGUCCGCAAUAUUGUCGCUGUUUUGAAAGACUUGCAAUCGUUUCAAGGGUUGUGCGAAUCCGAUCGCAUCGCUCUCCUCAAGAAUAGCUCGUUUGAAUUGAUGUAUUUGCGGUCUAUUGUGUACUACAACGCCGCCACUGAUAAUUAUACUUUACCCAUGGGAACCCAUAAGUCGGUGGUUAUAAAAACCGAUUGUUUGAAAGAUAAGAAUGGAAAUGUGUUCGGAAUACUUAUGGGUUUUUAUAAUAAAAUGUUGCUCAUUAUGGACUCGGAUAAGUUAUCAGCGAUUGUGUUGUUUAAUCCGGAUAACGAUUAUCUCGUACACAAGGAGGUUAUCAAGUAA